CGGGCGGCCCCGCGCGCCGCGCCCGCCUCCGCGGAGCUGCUGCUCCUGAAGCUGUCAUUGCUCUUCCGGGCCACUCGAGCGGAGCGGCACAUGCUCGCCGCCCACAAAGGCCGGCUCGGGAGGAGGCCCGCCCGGACCGCUGAUGGGCGCUUUGGGGAACUUUGAGCUUUCGGGAGCUUCCGGCAUCUUGCUCCCGCAACUUCAAGGGUGCACAGGUUGGACGUGCUCGUUGUGCCCCGGGAGGCACCGAUGUCUUGGGAAAUGUAACCUCCUCGUCCCUUGGACUGGGAGCUCUGAGAUGCCGAGACGUUGGUGUAAAGUAGCCGAACAGCUGUGGUGCUGAAAGGAGAUAAAACUUUGAGAUUUCCAGUCUUGCUCCUGCUAGGAAUGUAAUUUUCCCGUGCACUCUGACAGCUGAGUUUACCAGGCACAGUGAUUCAUUUAAAUGAGCUUUGCUUAGUACUCAUUUGCAAGAGUAGAUAAUUCUUCAGACCCAUUUGGAGAAAAUGGAAGAGGGCAUUUGGUUCACCUCCAUCACAUUGCCUAUCCCAGCCAGAGCAGGGGUUAGGAUUCUCAGGGUAGGUCUGGACCUAGGCUGAUUCCCAUCCUGAGAAUGUCUUUUGAGCACCUGUGAAGCCCAGCCAGCUCCUGAACCAGUCCAAAAUGUCCCAGAGCCUGGAACUUCUCUCCAGUUUUAGUGGGGAAUGCCUAAACAUUGUAAGAGCUUUGUGGAAUCGCCUGAGAACACUGCCGGGUAAGCUCUGGCGCUGCUCGUCUUUAAAGCUUUUCCACCCUAUCAUCUGUAGAACAUCGCAGGAACUGUGGGUCCCGAUGGAUGUGGCUGAGAGCCCUGAACAGGAUCCUCGCUCCCCAGAGGAUGAAGCGCAGCCAGCACUCUCAGAUGAUGACAUUCUGAGGGAAAGUGGAUCCGAUCAGGAUUUGGAUGGACCUGGGGGGAGGUCUUCGGAUUUGGAGGAUGAGGAAAAUGCAACUGGGGUACCAAGCCAGGAGGAGACUCACUCAGAUGAGGAGGACCGAGCCAGUGAGCCCAAGUCCCAGGAUCAGGACUCAGAGGCUCAUGAGCUGAGCAGGGGCCCGACAAGUUCCCCAUGUGAGGAGGGGGAUGAUGGUGAAGAAGACCAGACCAGUGACCUCAGGGACGAAGCCUCCUCAGUGACCCGGGAACUGGAUGAGCAUGAGCUAGACUAUGAUGAGGAGGUCCCCGAGGAACCUACUCCUGCCACCCAGGAGGAGGAGACUGAGAAGGCUGGGGCUGAGGAAGAGGAGGAGAAAGGGGAAGGUGUUCCUGGAGAGGAAGGGAAACCUGAUGUUCAAAGUGUGGGAGAAAAAGAGCCCACAGAGGCUGCCAAGGAGAAGAAGAAAGAAGAUGACGAUGGGGAGAUCGAUGAUGGGGAGAUAGAUGAUGAUGACUUGGAAGAAGGUGAAGUGAAGGACCCCAGUGACCGGAAGGUGAGGCCUCGCCCCACCUGUCGAUUCUUCAUGAAAGAUGUUGUGACACCAUUAUCCACUCUUCUUCCACCAAUACCAAAUUCCAUACCACUCAGAGGCCAGGUUAAAGGGAACUGCACCUGGGGAAUGAAUUGUAGGUUUAUACAUCCUGGAGUGAAUGACAAGGGCAACUACUCCCUCAUCACCAAAGCCGAACCUUUUCCACCCAAUGGUGCCCCGCCUCUUGGACCUCACCCACUGAUGCCUGCCAACCCUUGGGGUGGGCCAGUAGUUGAUGAAAUUUUGCCUCCACCCCCUCCAGAACCCCCAACAGAGAGUGCCUGGGAACGAGGACUCCGGCACGCAAAGGAGGUUUUAAAGAAAGCAACCAUCCGAAAAGAGCAGGAACCUGACUUUGAAGAAAAAAGGUUCACAGUGACCAUUGGUGAAGAUGAGCGGGAGUUCGAUAAGGAAAAUGAAGUCUUCCGAGAUUGGAAUUCUCGGGUCCCGAGAGACGUCAGAGACACAGCACUUGAGCCUUAUGCGGACCCUUAUUAUGACUAUGAAAUAGAGCGGUUUUGGCGUGGUGGACAGUAUGAGAAUUUCAGGGUGCAAUACACAGAAACAGAGCCCUAUCAUAAUUACCGAGAACGGGAGAGGGAACGAGAGCGAGAGAACCGACAGCGAGAACGGGAGCGGGAGAGGGAGCGGGACCGCGAGCGGGAGCGCCGGCAGAGGGAGCGAGAGCGGGAGCGGGAGCGGGACAAGGAGCGACAGCGGAGGAAGGAAGAGUGGGAGAGAGAGCGAGCCAAACGUGACGACAAGGACCGGCAGCACCGAGACCGCGACAGGGACAAAGACCGAGAGAAGGACAAGGAGAAGCCAAAGCCCCGGUCCCCACAGCCGCCAAGCCGUCAAGCUGAGCCACCAAAGAAGGAGGCCACCUCUGUGGGGCCACAGGUAAAGCGAGCCGAUGAGUGGAAGGACCCUUGGCGCCGAUCCAAGUCUCCCAAGAAAAAACUCGGGGUAUCAGUCUCACCAAGCCGGGCACGAAGGCGUCGCAAAACUUCAGCCUCGUCAGCUUCUGCUUCCAACUCCUCCAGGUCAUCCUCACGGUCUUCAUCCUACUCUGGCUCCGGCUCCUCCCGGUCCCGGUCCUCAUCCUACAGCUCCUACUCCAGCCGCUCUUCCAGACACAGCUCAUUCUCAGGCAGCCGGUCCAGGUCCCGGUCCUUCUCCUCGUCCCCAUCCCCGUCUCCCACACCUUCCCCACACAGACCUCCAGUCAGAACCAAGGGGGAGCCGGCCCCGCCUCCUGGGAAAGCAGGGGAGAAGUCAGUAAAGAAGCCAGCCCCGGCCCCAGCCCUGCCACAGGCCGCCAAAACCACUGCUCCUGUCCCCGAGCCUGCCAAAGCAGGAGAGCCCCGCGAGGCCAGGAGGAAGGAGCGGCAAACCAGGACUCCCCCCAGGAGACGGACACUGAGUGGCAGCGGCAGUGGCAGCGGCAGCAGCUACAGUGGCUCCAGUUCCCGAUCCAGGUCCCUGAGUGUGAGCAGCGUCUCCUCAGUGUCCAGCGCCACCUCGAGUAGCAGCUCAGUGCACAGUGUGGACUCAGAGGACAUGUAUGCAGACCUGGCCAGCCCUGUGUCCUCAGCCAGCUCUCGAUCCCCCACCCCUGCCCAGACCAAGAAGGAGAGAGGAAAAUCUAAAAAAGAAGACGGUGUAAAAGAGGAAAAGCGGAAACGGGAUCCAUCUGCCCAGACGCCCAAGUCCUCAAAAGCUCCAGCGGGUGGGAAAUCCUCUCAGCAGGCCACAGCCCAGCAGGCACCACCCGGGCAGCCUCAGCAAGGCUCCUUCGUGGCCCACAAGGAGAUCAAGCUGACACUGCUGAAUAAGGCAACUGACAAAGGAAGCAGGAAGCGCUACGAACCAUCAGACAAGGACCGGCAGAGUCCUCCUGCCAAGAAAGCCAACCUGUCCCCAGACCGAGGUUCUCGGGACCGGAAGUCAGGGGGAAGACUGGGCUCCCCGAAGCCAGAGCGGCAAAGAGGCCAGAACUCUAAAACCCCUGCUGCUCCAACGGACAGGAAACGCCCACUGUCACCCCAGUCCAAGAGCUCCAGCAAGGUCACCAGUGUGCCCGGCAAGACCACUGACACCACCACUGCGGGCACCAAGUCAGGGAAGACCAGCACAUUGUCCCGACGGGAGGAGCUCCUCAAACAGCUCAAGGCCGUGGAGGAUGCCAUCGCUCGCAAGCGGGCCAAGAUCCCAGGGAAGGUGUAGUGGGCCCAGCUCACUCCCUGGAGUAGACUUACGUGUUUUUAUAAAAAAAAAAAAAAAAAAAAAAUAGGGUAAGCGCAGCCAUUUUGGAUUUUGCAGUUAAUGUCUUAUUUUGGCUGUGAUUCUUUUUAAAAAUUAAAAAAGGAAAAAAAAAGUUUCUCAGCUGGAAAAGAAGCCACACAUGAGAUGAAGAUGACGCUGAACCCCAACCCCACCAGAAUGAGCCAGCCCCUUCCAGAGUCGAGUCUCCGUGGACAGGAUGAGCCAGCCCUUCCAGAGUCGAGUCUCCGUGGACAGGCGGGCAGGCCAGCCCCUUCCAGAGUCGAGUCUCCGUGGACAGGCGGGCAGGCCAGCCCCUUCCAGAGUCGAGUCUCCGUGGACAGGCGGGCAGGCCGGCACUGAGACAGGCUCCAGCUCUGCAACUUCGGAGCUUCAGGCGCAGGGCGCACACGUCCUGCCCCAUCCUCCACCUCUCCCAGGCACCUCUCUGGCUGCAGGUCUCCUCACUGGAGACCCGAAAGCGGAAUGCUUUUCCUGGACUACUGGGGCAUCAUCCCUUCUUCCCUUCCCCGGAUCAGAAGUAUAUAUAUAUAUUCUUGACUAAAGUCUGAUUGGGAAAUAUUUCCUGUCUUUUAUUUUAAGCAUCAAAUCGUUUUAGUUGAUUUAAAAAGGAAAAUACUGAAUAGACCCAAAAAAAAAAGGCCAAGGGUAUUGUUGGGGUAUCUGUCGGUGUGGAUGGUCUUUUUUGAGCGAUCUCCUAAAAUAAAAUAUUUUGAUAAGCAG